GAGCACAAACAAAUUAAUGAAACACCACUCCAUCAACGUACCAUAUAGCUUGUUUAAACGUGUUUGGAUUUUGGAUACCUGCGAAAAAGGCAAAUUCAAAUACUGACUUUGAUUUGUAAAAAAAAUGAGUCGCAAAGAGGCCUUAUCACAGUUUAUUCAACAAAUUCACGGUCGACCGGUCGUGGUUAAGCUCAAUAAUGGCGUGGAUUACCGAGGAGUUUUAGCAUGUUUAGAUGGUUACAUGAAUAUAGCCCUUGAACAGACUGAGGAAUAUGCUAAUGGUCAAUUGAAGAAUAAGUAUGGAGAUGCAUUUAUAAGAGGAAACAAUGUUCUGUAUAUUAGUACACAAAAGAGAAGAACCAACUAG